GCCUGAACGACGGACGAAGAUUCAACUCGUGCGCGCGGAACUGACUGUGUUGUCUGGCGACACGGGGUUCGGAAAUCGUAAGACGAUGGCCACUUUGUUGCCCAAACCGGUCGACCCGGAGCAGGCAGCUAAGCAGAAUGAUCCAGCGAAGGUGCAAGGAGUGUUCUUUCCCGGGUCCGAUCUGGACGAAGUUGCAAAACAUUUCAUCGGCAAUAACCACCGGUUUCGUGAAAACAUAAUCAUACCGAAACUAUACGGCUCGGUGCAGAUUAAAACCAAUGAAGAAAAGCUCGUGGAGGCAGCCUUCGAGAGCUGCGCCUUUAAAUCGCUGAUGAGCUGCGUGCUCGGGUACGGUUUGGGUGCCGCUAUCGGACUUUUCAGCUCCUCUGUAAAUCCCAACAUUGCCGACCCACUAGCGGCCGAAAAGCAGCAGACGGCGAGGGAAAUCUUUCGCGAGAUGCGCCAAGCGACUCAUUCGUACGGUAAAAACUUCGCCGUCAUCGGAGCCGUGUUUGCCGCGGUGGAGUGCGUCAUUGAAUCGAAACGAGGAGUUUCAGAUUGGAAAAACGGCACCUACGCUGGUGCGGUGACGGGAGGCUUAAUCGGGUUGCGAGCCGGUGUUAAAGCGGGAAUUGUGGGUGCUGCCGGAUUUGCUGCAUUCUCCACCGUGAUAGACUACUACAUGCGCCACCGAUAAACUUUCGCUCGAUUAGGACACCUACCUAGUACCGUGUAGUUUCGUAUCGUUAUUGAAAUUAAAGUAAUGU